AAGACAGACAGAAAGACAGAAAAGAAAAGAAAAGAAGAAAAAGAAAGGAAAUCUUUAAAGCACUUGUGUGCCCCAGCCUCACUCUCAGCUGGAGUGAGGUGAGAGUGAACAGCAGAAGCAGCAUGGCUCACUCCACUCAAAUGACACCGGGAGGGAAAGUUUAGGCACCGCAAACACUCCCGAAGCUGACAGCCAACCCACCACAAACAGACCAACAUGUCCGGCAGCGACAGGAGCCCCCUGCCCGGGGACGAGGACAGUGACACCGGCCUGGAUUAUUACGACGAAGAGGACGAAAUGGAGGCGUUAGUGGAGGCGCAGCUGGGCGGAGAGGACGGAGAGUUGGGCUUCAGCGAUUCCUUAAGUGGAGAAGUCAAACCCCGGAUUUUGCUCAUGGGGCUGAGGAGGAGCGGCAAGUCCUCCAUCCAAAAAGUCGUGUUCCACAAAAUGUCGCCAAACGAGACUCUUUUUCUGGAGAGCACCAAUAAGAUCUGCAGAGAGGACGUGUCCAGCAGCUCCUUCGUCAGCUUCCAGAUCUGGGACUUCCCGGGACAGAUCGACUUCUUUGACCCCUCCUUCGACUAUGAGAUGAUUUUCAGAGGGACGGGGGCUCUCAUCUUUGUCAUUGACUCACAGGACGAUUACGUGGAGGCUCUGAGCCGGCUGCACUUGACUGUGACCAGAGCGUACAAAGUGAACCCGGACAUCAGCUUUGAGGUUUUCAUUCACAAAGUGGACGGACUCUCGGACGACCACAAGAUCGAGAAGCAAAGAGACAUCCACAAACGAGCCAACGACGACCUGGCGGACGCAGGGCUCGAAAAAAUACAUCUGAGUUUCUAUUUGACCAGUAUAUACGACCACUCCAUAUUUGAAGCCUUCAGUAAAGUGGUGCAGAAACUCAUCCCUCAGCUGCCCACGCUGGAAAACCUGCUCAACAUCUUCAUUUCGAACUCGGGCAUUGAAAAGGCGUUCCUGUUCGACGUGGUCAGUAAGAUUUACAUUGCGACGGACAGCAGCCCCGUGGACAUGCAGACCUACGAGCUCUGCUGCGACAUGAUCGACGUGGUCAUCGACAUCUCCUGCAUCUACGGGUGGAUGGACAGUGAGGCCGGUUUGCCGUACGAUAAAGAGUCGAUGGCGAUUAUCCACCUGAACAACACGACCGUCAUGUACCUGAAGGAGGUCACCAAGUUCCUGGCCAUGGUCUGUUUCCUGCGCAAAGAGAGUUUCGAGAGGAAAGGUUUGAUCGACUACAACUUCCACUGUUUCAAAAGGGCCAUUCAGGAAGUGUUUGACGUGCGCCUCAAAGUUCAACAGAACCGAAAGCUGCUCAGCCAAAGGAGGUGGAGCAAACUGACUUCAAUGAGCAACGGAGCAGCGAGCAACCCCCACUGA